UGUGUCUAAUAUACCAAUGUGGUUAGGUUAGCGAAUUCUAUUCGUCCAGUCGCUACGAUGCUCAUUUUAUAAUUAUAUACAUAUUAGUAUUAUAGUGUUGUGCGAUUGUGUGAACGGGAAUUAACGUUACCCGCAGUUGUAACGACGUGUCGAUAACGAAAAGGUCAGUUCAUCUAAUUUAUAGAUUAUACACCGACGGAUAUAGCCGUUUUUAUUUUAGAAACGUUAUAUUAUUUCAUUUUAGUAUUAACAAACGUGCACGCCGAACGGGUUGAUCGUUUAUCGGUCCGCAAAAACUAAAAAAAAGUUUAUUAAAAUAUUUAUGGUGUAAAAAGACCAUAAAUUAUACCGUAACUAUCGUAACACCGAACGAUACGGCCCCUUUGGAAAUUAACAAAAUGUCUACCCUACCCGACGGCAUCUGCAAACAACUAUUCGCGUGCUUUAUAGUGUCCAUGCCGCUGUUGAUGGCCGGUACAACGCUGGGAUGGUCGUCGCCGAUGAUGGAAUACACGUUGGAAGGCACGGCGCCGGUUCACCUGACCUCGGACCAAGAGUCUUGGAUGGUAACUCUGAUAGACGUAGGCAACGUACUGCUGUCGUUACCGGCCGGUAUUAUGAUGGACCGAAUCGGCCGAAAAAUGUCCGUGUACUUGACGGUGCCGAUAACGCUUGCCGGCUGGCUGUUGAUACUGACCGCUCGACAGCCCUGGCACCUGUACGUUGCCCGAUUCUUGCACGGCAGCGCGAUGGCGAUCUCGUUAAUCGUGUCCCCGUCGUACGUGGGCGAGAUGGCCAGCAUAUCCGUCCGGGGAUCGUUGGCCCUGGUGGUCGAGCUGACUUACGCUUCCGGUCUGUUGCUGUCCUACGUGGUCGGGUGGAUCGCCAGCUACGAGGUACUGGCCAUCGUCGGCGCGAUCAUACCGGUGGUCACGGGCGUGCUGAUGAUAGCCAUACCCGAAUCGCCGUACUACCUCAUGAUGGUUGGCAAACCGGCAGAGGCAGCCCGAUCGUUGAGGAGGUUGAGGAAUUGCAGCAACAAAGAGUUCGAGGAAGAGCUCGAGAUCGUCAGACUGUCGGUCACCGAUGACAAAUGCAAGGGAAAGCUGACGGACCUGCUGCACAGAGACCGGGCGCCGCUGAUCAUCGUCCUCACGUUGGCUGCCCUGCAGAUGAUGUGCGGGGCGAGCGUGAUGGAAGCGUACGCGUCGUCCGUGCUGUACGGCACAGGCCUGUCGCCAAACGCCGGCGCCGUGAUAUUCGGCCUGUUCAUAAUGGUGGCGUGCGUGCCGUUCGCGCUCACCGUGGACAAGUACGGCCGGCGACCGCUGAUCAUGGUGUCGUGCGUGGGCACCACACUGUGCCACGUGUUCAUAGCCGCGCUGCUGUCGCAGGACAAUGCCGUCGGGUCCACGAAAGCCUUGGACGGUUGGCUACUGUUGGCCAGCGUGUGCGGCGCCGAGUUCUUCAUCAACGUCGGGCUCAUGCCCGUGCUGUCCGUCGUCCAGUGCGAGUACUUCCCGUCGGACACCCGAGGCCUGGCCAACUCGGCCGUGGUGUUCACCAUCACGUUCACGUCCACAAUCAUGCUAAAGAUCUACCAGCCGGUGACGGACGCGUACGGCAAGCGCGCCAACUUCAUCGGGUACGCGGUGAUCACCUUCCUAGGCGGCCUGUUCUGUUACUUUUACGUGCCCGAGACCAAGGGCAAGUCGUUCCUGCAGAUCCAGACGGACUUCGAGACGUACGAUUGGUGCAACGGCAAGACCAGCCGCCCGAACUACGAGCGGAUCUGACCGGACGUCCGGCCACCCACCCCUCUCCUCCUACACACAACCAUUCCGCGGCCGUCUGUAAAACCGAAAGUGCGCCGCAUGCCUGCCCUCUCGUCAAUAAUGUUAUACUUUGCAUGUUAUAAUAUACGACGUUAGUUGAUAAUGAUAUAAUGAUAACGAUUUUCGGGCGGUGUACCUACGUUUAAUGGUUUCGCUUGUGUGGGUUUUGGACUUGAGACGAUCGAGACGACUUGAGAUUUACAUUAAAUCGUUGUUUAGUUGUUAUAAUAUGUAUAUACGUCGAAGUAUGCCACUGCAAUAGGUUUUGUUUUUUGUUUUAACUUUUAUACUUUUUUUAUACAAGAUUCGAAGUGUGUAUAUGUAUAUAGUAUACAUUGACGUGAUUUAUUGUUUUUAACUUCCGUGAGGUACCUAAAUUCAUUUUCCUACAUGUUUACUAUACGCGCUUAAAUCGAAUUACAAUAUAGUUAGCAGGACGUAUCGCGUGGUGUUAGUACUCUAUCAAAUGACGGCCAAAGUGAAAACAUCGGUCAGGAUCCACAUCACGAGGUAAAAGAGGUAAAAGAACAAACGCCCCGAUAACAUAAAAUUUAAGUUAUAAUGGAGAUUGUGAACAAUUUAUACGAUAAAAAAAAAAUACAUACAUACAUCGAAA